UGAAAUGUGGUAGUAUUUCAACAGUUUUUAUUAUUUUAAUUUAUCAUAAUUUUAACGUAUCUAUUUAAUGUAAUUUAAUUAAAUAAUAUUUCCCAUCAAUAAAUAUAUUCAAACAAAUUUUAUAAUUCUUUAUAAUCUCAAAGCGGUAUAUGUCGAUAAUAACAACUAUUUUUAUAAAAGUUAGCUCGAAAUAAUAUAAUAAUCAUAAUUUUUGUCAAAUGCUGCGUAAACAACACGACGGCACGGUAUGCGUUAUGUAACAUGUUCUAUUGUUAACGGAAUGACCUGUCCCAGCCGGUCUUUCGUUCUAUUAUGUUCGACACGCGCAGGUCAGUUUCCAGAAUCGGUAAUAAAACUCUGUCCAAUACAUUGAUACCCAAAAUAAUUAAAAAUCUAUAGCGAUGUACACAAUUAUCAUGGUAAAUACCCAAUUAAUAUUUUACCUAGCCCUAGUUUAAUUUGUCUUCAUCACCGCAAAUGCUAAGACACUUGCCCCGUUGUCGACCGAUGUAUAAUCAGUCUGUUCUAGACAUUUAUAGCGUUUACUUUGCCUUUGCUCUCUCCGUGUUUUCACAGUCCUUACACAACAGUGUUAACAAUUUUUCUCAGUGUUAAUUUUCCAAGUGUUUAAACACUUUAUUUUCAUCCGUUUUAUCUUAAACAUUUUAAACAUGUUUAAAUGCGAUCAGUGCCCCUCGGUUUUCACCGCAAAACAUAAUUUAACUGUGCACCAAAAGAAGCAUACCGGUGUGCGUAUUCCAUGCACCGUAUGUCCAUCAACAUUUUCUUUCAAGACCAGCCUCAACAAACAUUUGAAGAACGCUCAUGGUAUCAUUAACGUUCCGGCUCACUUGAGACCAUUGCCUGCUGCUCCGAUCAUCAAUCAGCAAACACGACCAAGCGUGAUACAGUUCGCGCCUCCUACCACCCCGCAGAUUCAAAUAGCGCCUCAAAUUUUUGUACCGGAUGUCCCGGCUGGUGGAUCGCGCGUGUUAUCCGAAGAUGUCCCGACUGGCGGAUCGCGCGUGUUAUCCGAAGAUGACAUAUGUAUGUUCGCAAUGGAUGCAUAUGAAAUGCUAGACGCCGAUACAGAAUCUUACACUUCUGCUGUAAAUGGUAAACGCGUUUCUGUUGCCAACACCACCUCAGCUGCUAGGGCAAAAAAGGCGCGUAUGGAUCUCGUUAAAUCCCCCGGGUUUAAUGAAAUGUCGUCGUCCGCAAAUAGGAAGAUCGUGUGGUACUACGCUAAAAAUAUCACCAAUACAAAAAUUUAUUCAGACUUUCUCCGUCCACUUAUACCUGAGCUAAUAAAUUUAUUGAAAACGUACGUACAAAAACAUGCGAUUAAAUUUAAUUUGAAACUUGAGGCGACCUAUAACCGUCCGAACGUACCAAACUCAUCGGAGAACAGGGCAUUCAAGACUUCAGCGGUAGAAAUUUUUUCCGACAGUGAUAUUAGAACGAUUGUAGAGAUAGCGUAUAUGAAGUUGAUGAAGGAGAAGGAUGAAUAUAUGGGGAGAGGUAGUGGUUUUACUUUAGAAUCCAUAGACGGGUUAUUAUUGGCGGUGUACAAAUAUACUCCGAUGGGCGGAUCAUCGUAUAUAGAGUUACCGGUGUAUAUCGACAGGAAGCGGGCGACUGUAAACCCACAGAACGUAGACCGGUAUUGUUUCAAGUGGGCGAUUCUCGCGAGGCAUGUGACGGGGACGGCGGUAUGCCGUGUCGGAGAAAAUUACAUGCAACAUGAAGAUAAAUAUUUUUGAUUGCAUCACCUUCCCUACACCUCUCUCAGAUAUACUGAAAUUUGA